AUGAAUUCUCCUGCUAUGCGCAAGAAGAAGGAUGACUUCGGUGCAGGUCUCAAAAUCGCCAAGCAGAACAUCGCACCGGAGGAGCAUCCUGCUGGCCCUCCGAAAUAUGGCGAAUUGAACCAGGCCGAGCGAGCCUUUACGCUGGCUUCGACAUUCCUCUCCGGCGUUCUUGCCAUCAGCGCGUCCCAAGUCCUAGGAGCGCCACUCAAACUCAUUGACCCCGUCUUUUACGAGGGAUACAUGGCAUACACCAAAGAAUGCUUUGCGAUUCUCGUGACAUGCCUGACGCAGUGGUGGGCACCCACUGUGGUCAGGGUCAGCGGAGACUCAAGCAUGAUUGGCCAGUUGAUUAAGACGAAAGACGGAAGCCUCAAAUGCAACUUUUCAGAGCGUCUAGUGCUCAUGGCGAAUCACCAGCUUUACACGGACUGGCUUUACCUCUGGUGGAUUGCCUAUACGAAUGGUUUACAUGGUUUUGUCUACAUCAUUCUUAAGGAGUCGCUGAAGAACGUCCCGAUCAUCGGCUGGUCCGCGCAGAUGUACAACUUCAUUUUCCUUGCGAGGAACUGGGAAGAAGACCAACAGCGUUUCAAAAAGGCACUGUCCAAGCUCAGCAACCCGAAGGAUCCAAUGUGGCUGAUCAUCUUUCCGGAAGGGACAAACCUGUCUGCAUCAACCCGCGAGCGGAGCAAGAAGUGGGCGGCUAAGAACGGGCUCGAAGAUAUGAAGCAUCAACUCCUUCCUAGAAGCACAGGUCUGAAGUUCUGCUUGAAUGAACUCAAGGACAGCACAGAAUGGCUAUACGACUGCACGAUCGCAUACGAAGGAGUUCCGCCUGGUCAGUUCGGACAGGACAUCUUCACGCUACGUUCUUCGUUCUUCGAAGGGCGACCUCCAAAGUCUGUCAACAUGCACUGGCGUCGCUUCCAUAUUUCCACUAUACCAAUUCACAACACCAAGGCGUUUGAAGUCUGGCUGCGCAACCGCUGGCGAGAGAAGGAUUACAUGCUAGAGUACUUCCAACGUCACACCCGAUUUCCGGCUGAAGAGUUUUGGAAAGAUCAUCUCGACGUCGGCGACCGUAGCUCACAGAGCGAUAAACAAACCAUCCGUACCAGGCCUCGCCCUGCGGUCCAGAUAGAAACCGAGGUCAAGUCGGCGAACUGGAACGAUUUUGUCAAGAUUUUUGCGCCAAUUACGGGUGUCAUGACGGCCAUGUCUGUAGCGUACGGGGCAUCACCAGGCGACCUAAUUCCUGGCGGGGAAAAGUUCUUCGGGCAAAUGAUGAAAUCUGUUCUCAGCGGCGGUGACCUGAAGGGUCUGCCAAGCCCCGACGAGCUCGAGAAGAUGAUAGAGGGCGCAGCGAAGAUUGGCGCCAAUCAAGCCGCUAGUCCUGAGAAUAGGGGUCGCGUGCAACACCUGACACAAGAGAAUCUCGCUAAGCUGGUUAAGGAGACAGCGAUCAAGGAGGGUGUGGUACUGCCAGGUGGCAGAAGGGCGAGCACAGCUUUACCCCGGGCUCCGACAAGGACUUUGGCGACAUCGACGGCUCCCAGAGCGAACAGUGCAGUGGGACCAAGUGGUGCAAGAAGACCUGCGGCAACGCCAGCAGCGAAGCCGAAACCCGCCGCCAAGCCACAAGAAAUGCGGGAAGUUAAGCUUGCCUCCGGGGUUACCAUCAAGAUUCCCAAGCCUGAAGUAGAGAAAGCAAAGGACACCGGAACUAUCACAACCGCGAACGGUCUCAAGAUCAGGGUCGGCAAGAAAGAAAUCGAAGCAGCGGAACAGAAGAAGGGCACUACGUUCAUGACUUCUUCUGGCGUUCCCAUCAAGAUCAGUCCAAGCGGCGCACUUAAUGUAGGACAGAAGCAACAAACGACCAACGCCACACCGUCGGCCCCUGCCAAACCAAAGUAUGUGUUCAAACCAAGCACCAACCUGCCGACCAAUACAUCCGCGCCGAAAGCCGGCGGAGCUACAUCAGCAAUGAAAAAGCCUGCCCCGGCAAAUGGUGCUGUCAAGAAAUCUGUCUCAGUCCCAACGAAGAAGCCAGCAGCCACACCAACGGCGCCAGGGAAACCAACCAAGAAGACCACGUGA